ACAAACCACGACAAACACCGACAAGAAAUCUUUCUUCCCACGACACACACCACCAUUUUCCCUUCUCCUUCCCAUAGAAAGUACGACAUCCGAGUCAACAUGCAUCCUCACCUGCACACCAAGGACAACUUCGAGUGCGAAGACAUUAUGGCCGCCCUCGAAGAGUGCCACGCAAAGGGCUUCAUGUUCAAGUCCCUCGGCGGCUGCAACGACGCAAAGGACAAGGUCAGCGAGUGCCUCCGCGGCGCGCGCGCGAGGCGCACCGAGGCCAACAGGGCUGCGGCGAGGGCCAAGAGGGAGGAGCGCGAGAACCGGAUAAAGGAGCUCAACAAGUCGCUCGGUCUCGAUUAG